UCUAUUGUUUAAAAAGGAUCAAUAAAUGAAGGAAUGGGAUGCUUCGUAUAAAACAAAGGCAUCAAUAUUGUUUUUUAUACAUCAGUCAUAUCUAUUCUUCCCAUUAAUUAAGAACUUGGAAGCAAAACCAAUCUCAGUGAUCUCCAAGAAAGAGUAGAGGGAUCUCCAUUGUUCCUUCCUGCCUGCUGCAACAUCUUCAAGUGAGUUUAAAUGGCAGACCAAGACUCUAUCACUGUCACCACACUUGCUGGCUUGAUAAGGUCAUUUAUUUGUGAAGGAAUAUUUCGGUUUUGUGCUAGAAAUAUCAUUAGAGAAAUAAACAAUAAGAACAAGGAUCUGAUUUCACGUCGAGAUUAUUUUCUGGGAAAAGUUGAAGAAAUAGGGGAAACAACAAACGCCGUUUUGAAGUGGCUAAAUGAUGUGGAGAAAGCCUUGGAUGAGGUAGAGAUGCUGGAAAAGAAAAUGGAAACCGAGUCUCGUCUACUUGGGAUAUAUGGUGUGGAUCAUGAGACAUACUGGCGGUACAACGAAAUGGUAGACAUAAUAGGGGGCCUGAAUUACAACUUUCCAAUGGUAGGCCCAAUUCCACAUUUACAGGAAUGUGCUUCUGAAUAUUUUGUGACUUUCAAGUCUACAGAAGAGGCUUCAGAACAACUUUGGAAGGCACUGCAUGAUGACAGUAGCUAUGUGAUUGGAUUGUAUGGGAGGCGGAACUCCGGUAAAACAACAUUGGCUAAAGCAGUGGGCGAGAGGAGCAAGUAUGUAAAGACUUUUAGCAAAGUUGCAUUUGCCACUGUCUCCAAAAAUGUAAAUGUAAGCAGGAUUCAAGAUGAUAUUGCUGCCUCCUUGGGUUUGACGUUUUCUGAUAUUACCAAAGAAGGAAGAGCCGGAACAAUAUCUUCUGAAUUGACCAAAGAGAGUGGUUCAGCUCUUGUAAUAUUGGAUGAUGUUCGGGCCAAGGUUGAACUAGAGGAUAUAGGUAUUCCUCUUGAUCAUGGUAAUUGCAAGGUCCUUUUAACCACACAUAGCCAACUAGAAUGUGCGUUGAUGGAUUGUCAGCUGGAGAUUCCUCUACAUCCCUUAUCUAAAGAAGAAGCUUGGAUGUUGCUCAAAUAUCAUUCAGGAAUAAAUGAAGACUCUUCAUAUGACUUAUUAAACCUGGCACAGGAAGUUGCUUUUGAAUGUGAAGGGUUACCUGGUAUAAUUAAAAAGGUGGGAUCUUCCUUGAAAAAUGAUCCGAUUGAAGUGUGGAAAGCAUCAUUAGAAAAACUCAAACAUUCAAAGGCCUACAACCAGAUUUUUCUGAGUUUUAAAGGAGGAGAUACUUGCUUCUCUUUUACUGGUUUUCUCUAUCAUGAUUUGUGUGAAAAGGGAUUGAAGACCUUCAUGGAUGAUGGAGAAUUGUAUGGUGAGGAACAAAUUUCACCAUCUAUUAUUAAAGCUAUUGAAGCAUCAUGGCUUUCAAUUAUUGUUUUAUCUGAAAAUUAUGCAAACUCUGCUCGAUGUCUUGAUGAACUUGUCAAGAUUCUUGAGUGUAAAAAGAUGAAGAACCAAUUAGUUUGGCCAAUUUUUUAUAAAGUGGAGCCCUCAGAUAUAAGGUAUCAACAAAGUAGUUAUGGCACAGCCAUGGCUGAACACGCAAAGAGUUUUGGAAAUGACUCUGAGAAGAUACAAAAAUGGAAAUCAGCUCUUUUUGAAGUUUCCAACUUGUCUGGAAAGGCUUACAAAACAGGGUAUGAAUAUGAAUUUAUUCAGAGGAUCAUGGAAGAAGCCAAUAAUAUUAAAAACUACUUGGAUGUGGAAUAGAUGGAAGGUCUUAUUUUCUCUCACAAUAAGUGGUGGAUGAGAAAGAACUAAUUGGAAACGAUUAAUGGGUAAAAAUAGAUUGUUGUAACGAUGUUCAUGUUCAAAGUUAAGAAUUUGCUUUGAUACGUGGCAAGUUGGGGAAUGAAUUCAAAGUUCAUGUGAUUUCUAUUGUAACUAGACUAAGACAUGCACGUUGCCCGGUCGGAUACAUCUGAGCCAAUUAUAGAGAAGUCAUUCAUAAUUGAAUCCAAGUUAAAUGAAUCUCCUUCCUAGUUUUUUCAGGGAAAGAGAUCAACCUCAAGAAGCCAAUAAUAUUAAAAAUUACUGGACGUUGAAUAGAUGGAAGGUCUUAUUUUCUCUCACAAUAUAAGUGGUGGAUGAGAAAGAACUAAUUGGACACGAUUAAUGGGUGUAGUGAUGUGCAGAGUUCAGAAUUUGUAUUCAUGUGUGCUAAUUAAGUUAUGGUAUGUGUAAAAUAACUCAUUAUCUCAAAAGUUUAAAUUUUUCGGUAAGGACUA